AUGCCGGAUACACUGACGAUGGAGAAACUUAUCGCGUUUUUGAAAGCAGAUUUAUUGUUCGCUUGUUGCUGGCCAUUACCACCAACCGCCACAAAAUGUGAAAAAAUACGUAAUAAAAUAUUUCGCUACUUUUCUAUCCUGCACGGGAUGAUCAUGGUAGUUGCGAUACUAUAUACGAUUUAUAGUAAUCGAUCAGAUUUAUUUCUGAUAAUGAAAUUAUGCUGCGAAUUAUGUACCACUACAGCAGUUCCUUUGCAAAUAAUUUGCUACUCAAUUCAGUAUGAUCGUCUUCAAUAUGUAAUUUAUGAACUGGAAGAUUAUUGCAAGCGAGCAAAAUCAGAGGAGAGGAUCAUUUUUCAUCGAUAUAUUAACAGUUGUAAAUCUGUUUAUAUAGGCUCAAUAUGCGCCUUCACCGUUACAGGCUUGUUACUCAUAAUCAGUCCUGUAGUAGAACCUCAUCCCUUUCCCAUUGAUAUAGAAUAUCCGUUUUCUGUGGAUUAUCAACCUUUAAAGAUUAUCAUUUACCUACAUCACAUAUUACUUAUAUAUCAAAGUUAUGCGCAGCGAGAUGUGAUAUCUUAUCAAAUAGAUUUCGAGCCGUCACAAAAUUCGCCGAGUUGCGAGCAUGUAUAG